CUAAAAUGUUUUGAUGCGAGCGUUGAUCGUUCGUUCCUAACCUAAGAAACGGACUGGUUAAACAUGUAAAAAUAUGAAUUUCAACAAAUCAACAUAUCACUCCAUUUUUUAUAAAUAAUACCGUCGUUUUACGUGCCUUUUCGUCAACCGCGUUGAAUUUAAUUAACUAAUUAAUAAAAAAUGGACCGGAAAAUGAUGUACGCGUUUAGAGGCUGGAUAGCGUUUGUCGCAUUCAUGGAUUUCGGAACGGCAAUUAGAAGUUACAUAGAAAAACGAUCUUUCCUAAGCAAGACAAUUUUAGAACCUAGCGAAUACGUAGAUGAGGAGUACACAACCUCCAGGAUUUUAGGAAUGUACUCAAUUUUGAAAUCUCUGGCUCUAAUACAUUGCACGCUUUUUAUUCAUUACAAACCCAUUGUUAGUAUGGGAAUAUGUUCUUUGGUCAUCACAAUAAUUUUGUAUUUGAGUGAAACACUUUUCUUUAGAUCCGCAACGUUAAAUUUCUAUGUAGUUUUCCCGUGCAUUUUAAACAUGGUAACACUCUUUGGACUCGUUUACUUACCGAUAAAAGCUAAACUGUGGGAUCCAGGUACCGACGACGAUGAAAAUGCUCACUUACUCCGACAGGCCGGUGCCCUUCGAAAAAGGCGAACCAGAAAAAAUAAUUAAGAAUUUCCGUAUCAUGCCAAAUAAUGCUGCUAGUCACUGAAUUUGUAUUUAUUACUAAUGUAAGUUUAGGUAAUUUUAGGGAGGUGCAAUAAUAUUUUAUACACUCUUAAUGCUGUUAGGGACUGUUGAGACCUAUUAUCUUUAUCAUAUUUGACAGAAAUGUUUUAUAAUUUUUGAAAAUAAAACGAAUAUAUUUAUAAAUUA